AUGUCAGGGCAGCUGGAACAGCAGCCCGUGCCGUCGGCACCGCCGUCGCAGCCGCCACCGCUGCCGCAGCAGCAGCAGCAGCUUCUCCCGCAGCCCAACCAGCAGUCGCCCAGCCUGGGCCAGCCGCAGCCGCAGCAGCACCAGCAGCAGCAGCCAGCCGCCUCCGCGGCGCCACCCGCGCCUCGCGGCGGCUCGUCGCAGCCGCCCGCCACCGCCGCAGCCGCAUCCGGCUGCGCCGAGGCGGCCGCGCAGCCAUCUGGAGAGGACUGGGCUGACCGCCGCCGCAAGGGCAAGCGGAAGCGCCGGUCCUCGUGCGACGCGUUCACGGGCGGCGGCUCGGUCGAGCAGGAGCACAUGACCAACUCGAGCUUGCAGACCACCCAGGCGUAA